UACCGAAUUGGUCCUGUACAUUGUGUGUCCAAUAAACAAUGUAAAUUGACAUUCUGAUGAUACACAUAUCAGUCGAAUAAAAUCUUCGUUCGUAACACGUAUCGGUCCUCUUCCUGUGUUUUUCCAGUGAAUUUAAACAUUACAGGGUCGAACAAAAUGUCUGUCGAUACCAUCAAUGUCGACACGUUUAUUCACGACAUUUUCAUUCGACCACCAAUUUGGGAUGGAUCAUUUGGCAAUAAGGAUUUUCUUUGGCAUGACAUUUCGGCCAACCACAAUUUUUUGCCCGUCGAUAUGCUAAAAAAACGAUGGGAGAAUUUACGUCGCUCAUUCCGGAGACAAUUGAAGAAAAUUCCGAGAACUGUCAACAAUCUUUACUUGAUGGAUCCACGUGAUAUGCCAUCUGCAUGGCCGUAUUAUCAAUCGAUGUUGUUCUUGGUUGACCGAGUUCGAUUGGGAAAUCAGAACCAAUUGAUUCCAGCUAAGAUUGAGAACCGUCCAAUCGAAUCUUUUCCGCAAAAUGUCUACCAAAACAGACCCAACACCGAUACGAUCAAAAGUGCUGAAAUGAAUAAGCCAAACGAAGAUGCUGCGUCAUCGAACAUUGCACGAUCGAAUUUAGUCUAUAGUCUCGAUGGUCUCGAUUACAACAACAUUAAUGUGAAGAUUGAGGAUCAACAGAUGAAAUCAGUUCCGCAAAAUGUCGACCGAAACAGACCCAGCGCCGAUACGUUCGAAGAUACUGAGACAUCGAACAUAGAACUAUCGGAUUCAGUUCUCGGUUACUCUCAAACUUUUGUAUUCCCACGAAAUGUGAACCGGAAAAGACACAACGCCGAUUCGUUGGAAGAAACCGGUCAACAGUCAAAGAAGAAACGAAACGAAUAUGCGGACUCAUCGAACGUUCGACGGUCGGAUUCAAGCGAUAUUCUCGAUGACGACAAUGCCGCUGCGCUAACGAAAAGUGCAAGUUCGGCCACUUUGAAUUGGACCGACAAUAAUGAAUCUCAAAUUUUGAUCAAAGACAGCGAUCGGUAUUAUUUAAAGAGCUUGCUUCCCUACCUCGAAAAACUGGAUGCGGUUCAAAAGUUGGUCGUGCGGGCAAAAAUUGAUGAAAUUUUGCGGGUCGAAAUUUCCAAAUUGUAAAAUUCAAUGUUGAGGUAGUUCUAUGGUUUCGUAAAGAAAUCUACCGUUACUGCUCAGCCGUUUCUUUUUGUCCAUUUAAUUUGUGAAAUUUUCUACAAAAAAUUUGCUCAAUAUUUUUGGUUAUGUAA